CCGCCGCUCCCGCUCCGCCCGCUGCGCCCGGAGCCCCCGCCCGGCCCGGACACCUGCACGCAGCCAGCAUGGACAAGUACGACGACCUGGGCCUGGAGGCCAGCAAGUUCAUCGAGGACCUGAACAUGUACGAGGCCUCCAAGGACGGCCUCUUCCGCGUGGACAGGGGCGCGGGCAACAACCCUGAGUUCGAGGAGACGCGCAGGGUGUUCGCCACCAAGAUGGCCAAGAUCCACCUCCAGCAGCAGCAGCUGUUGCAGGAAGAGCCGCUGGCCAGGGGCGGCCGGGCUCCUGUCCACGGCGGGGGCCACCCGGGGCCCACGCUGGCUGCUGAUGGGGCUGCCAAGCCCCCUCUUGCGGCCUCCGCGGCGGCCCCCGGGGUGGCUGCCACCGCGGCUCCUGGCCAGCCUGCGCACCCAGCCCUGGAGCAGAGGGCCGGGCCCAGGCCUGGUAGCCAAGAGCACGCAGCCAGGGAGGGCCCGGGGAGUUCGGAGAGGUCUGCUGGCCACCAGCCGGGCCCCUGCGAGGACCCGUCCUGCCUCACGCACGGAGACUAUUACGACAACCUGGCCCUGGCAAGCCCCACGUGGGGCGAGAAGCCCGGAGUGUCCCCCACCGCAGGCCUGGGUACAGGGAGCAGGUGGCCUGCUGCCCCUGGGAGUGAUCUCUCACUGCCCAGAGCUGGGGGAGACCGUCACCUGUACCAGCCACAGCUGUCCUUUGGUAGUGGCCUCCGUGGCCAGGACACGAGUGUUGGUGGCCCCAGCAGUGGGAAGUCGGCAGGCCUCUGGUCCACCGCCUCGUCCCAGAGGGUGAGCCCGCUCCUUCCGUCCCCGGGCCUGGAGAACGGGGCCCCAUCACAGCCCAGGAGUCCUCCAGUGUGUGCGCCCCCGGCCCCCAGCCAGGGCGCCCUUCCGAGAACAAACGCGGGGCUAGGGUGUGAGGCCUCGGGUGUGCUGGCCAAGCCCACCGUGGAUGCCCAGCCGUGGUUCCAGGACGGGGCCAAGUCUCACCUUUCCAGCUCUGCCCCGUUACCCUCGCUGGCCGGCAAGGACGUCCCUGGCCCUGGGCCUAAGCGUGCCUUCGCGGACCCCGGCGCUGGUCCCAAGCUCGGCACCACUGGCCCUGGCCACCCAGGGUUACCCUCCCUGCAAGAGCUGUCAUGUAAAGAGGAUCCUGCUGGCUGGUCCCCCGACCGCGGCCUGGGCCCGGGGCUCCCAGAGGCACCCAGCUCCCCCAGGGUGAGGCUGCCCUGCCAGACCCUGCUCCCGGGCCCUGAGCUUGGCCCCUCCACGGCGGAGCUGAAGCUGGAAGCCCUCACGCAGCGCCUGGAGCGGGAGAUGGACGCCCACCCAAAGGCCGAGUACUUCGGAGCCUGCGUGAACUGCAGCAGAGGGGUGUUCGGGGCCGGCCAGGCCUGCCAGGCCAUGGGCAACCUCUACCACGACGCCUGCUUCACCUGUGCGGCCUGCAGCCGCAGACUCAGAGGAAAAGCCUUCUACUUCGUCAACGGCAAGGUGUUCUGCGAAGAGGACUUCCUGUACUCUGGCUUCCAGCAGUCCGCCGACAGGUGCUUUCUUUGUGGACAUCUGAUCAUGGACAUGAUCCUGCAGGCCCUGGGGAAGUCCUACCACCCCGGCUGUUUCCGCUGUGUCAUCUGUAACGAGUGUCUGGACGGGGUGCCCUUCACCGUGGACUCCGAGAACAAGAUCUACUGUGUCCGAGAUUACCACAAGGUGCUGGCCCCGAAGUGUGCAGCCUGCCGGCUCCCCAUCCUCCCGCCCGAGGGCUCGGACGAGACGAUCCGCGUGGUGUCCAUGGACAGAGACUACCAUGUGGAGUGCUACCGCUGUGAGGACUGUGGCCUGGAGCUCAAUGACGACGACGGUCACCGCUGCUACCCCCUGGAGGACCGGCUCUUCUGCCGCGCGUGCCACGUGACGCGGCUGGAGAAGGGGCCCGCGGCCGCCAGCCUCCCCCAGCGCCACUUCUAGCCCGCGGCCGCAGGCCUGGCGGGGAGGAGGAGCCGGGCGUCGCCUGCCGGGGGCUUCCAGGGCCCCUGGCUGGGACUGGGCAGCGGGAGAGGAGGGGCGGGCGGGCGGCCCCUUGCGCGUGAGGGCCGCCGUCGGCCAGGCCGCUUGUGCUCUCGGUUUCCCAGCGCCUGCCCGGGCCGGCUUACUCAGGAAGCCCCGUGUGAGUGAGGGCAGUGGCCCAGCUGCGGCUGCGGCACCCUCUGAAGCCCUUGCUCAACCCGAGCACCCUCUCCCCUGGGGCACGAGGGAGCAGUUCUGCUGAGGACUGCUGCACCCUUCCACUGCAGGCUGGUGAGGGUGCUUGCGCGUGCUUUGUGUCAGAAGAACUGGCUGGGAAACCAGAGCCAGGGUCUGAGCUCAGCGAGCUCCGACCGUGCUGUGUGUCCCUGGCCCCGAAGGUUUCCACUGGCACCGGGGCGCAGCAGAGGCUUGCCCAGCCCAGCCCAGCCCAGCCGGCUGCAGGACUGAGACCUCGGUGCAGGCACCAGGACUCCCACCCGUCUGCUGUCUGUCGGCGCUGCUUUGAUGGGAGCUCUCCAGUCUGUGCCUCGGGAGUGGCUUCUGCAGGGCUAGUCUCCAGGUUCCAAGUGGGGAUACCUCUGGGACCCAACUGAGCUUAUUUAAGAAUGGCCUUUUUUUUUUUUUUUUGUCUUUUUGAGGCAGGGUCUUGUUAUACAGUUCAGGCUGGCCUUGAAUUA